GAGUUAGUGGUAUCAGCUAUGUGUCCAGAUUGUAAGCCUAUAUAUAGGCACCUAUUGAUUCAAUGAAGAGUGUGCAGAAAAAAUUAAUUUCUAACAUCUCUUUCUCUAUAUAUUUUAUAUUAUAAUUAUCCUAAAGAAAAUAGCUUUGUCUUUUCCCCAACAAAAGUGGUAUCAGAGCAAUAAAGUAUCCUGAGUGGUGUGGGUAACGAUGGCAGCAAAUGGCAGAGGCUCCAUUGGUGUUUUUCAACCCCUUAUUCCUAUUUUCAAAGGAGAGUGCUACGAAUUUUGGAGUAUCAAAAUGAAGACCCUGUUCAAAUCUCAAGACCUUUGGGAUUUAGCGGAGACUGGCUUCAACAGCAAUGAAGCAGAUGAAGGGCGUUUGAGGGAAAAUAAGAAGAAAGAUUCAAAGGCAUUAUUCUUUCUUCAACAAGCAGUUAAUGACACCAUUUUUUCUAGAAUUGCAAUGGCAUCUACCUCAAAGGAGGCUUGGGAAACACUGCAGAAAGAAUUUAUGGGCUCAUCAAAGGAUCCGUAGUGGCUCAUAAUGCCGGAAUGGUGGAGAAGCUUAGAGCUGGACUGCUAAAGUUGUUGGGAUCGAUGGGCUUGCGAUACCAGAGGGAUGGAGAGAUUUGUUGGGAUCGUUGGGCUUGUGACGCUGGAUGAAUGGAGAGAUGUAUCGUGUCGCUUCAUUAUAUUUGGUCAGAAUGUUGAGAUAAGAAAAUUAGUAAUCAGAAUGUUGUAAUCGGUGUGGAAGAAGAGUGUCCAAUUAUGGCUAAGAGACUCAA